AUGUUACCUGCUUUCAGAGGAAGAUAUCCCUUUAGGCAGUAUAUGCCCAAUAAACCUUCAAAAUAUGGAUUGAAAAUUUUUGCUAUGGCUGAUAGCAAAACGUUUUAUGUAUCAAAUAUGGAGGUAUAUUUAGGCAAGCAGCCUGCCGGUCCAUUUGCAUUAAGUUAUUCCCCAGAUUUGGUUGUCAAAAGAUUGAUUACUCCGAUCACUGGCAGUGGCAGAAAUGUCACAAUGGACAACUGGUUUACCAGUUUGCCACUAGCUUUGGAUUUGGUGCAGGAUCAUAACCUCACUGUAUUGGGAACGGUUCGUAAAAAUAAAAAAGAACUUGCUCCAAUAUUUAUAGAAACCAAGCAACGUAAAGAGUGUUCAUCCGUUUUUGGCUUUCAAGAAAAAAAUACAGUUUUAUCCUGUGUCCCUAAGAGAGAAAAAACUGUUAUUUUGCUAAGCACGAUGCACAACGAUGAUGCAAUAGAUCACUUUACUGGGGAGAAAUAUAAGCCCGUAAUCAUUACAGACUACAACAGAACAAAAAGCGGAGUUGACGCUGUCGAUAAGUUAUGUGCUUCAUAUAACACCUCACGAAAUAGCAGACUAUGGCCCCUAACCAUAUUUUUCACUUUGCUAAAUAUAGCGGGAAUAGAUUCAAGAGUUAUUUAUACCUGGAAUAAUUCUAAAAACAUCAAACGGCGUUUUUUCCUCAAACAAUUUUCUCUCGAUUUGAUCAGUGACCAUAUGAACUCCAGAAAAUCAAACAAAUAUUUAUCCAAGGGACUCAAAAGGAAAAUGGUCGAUUUUAUGGAAACUGAAGAUAAUGUAAGUCCACCAAAGCGUCCAAAUCUUGACCAACAGAAGCGAUGUACUACCUAG